CAUUCGACUUCAUUUCAUCUGUUUGACAGAAUACGUGGCCUCUCCACAUAACGAAAUAUUUAUCAAACAAGUCGUCCUUAGAAAAUUCUACCGAAUUUCUCGCAAAUAAAACAAAAAUGAAUUUCUCCGUAUAUUUUACAUUAUGCAGCAUACUAUUUAUCCAAUUACUGGACAAAACUUCUUCCUUUAUAGUCACCGUAGACGCGCACAAUGAAGAGUGUUUCUUCGAGCGAGCAGAAAGCGGCACAAAGCUAGGACUCACAUUUGAAGUAAUCGAGGGUGGCUUCCUAGAUGUCGAUAUCAAAAUCACAGGCCCCGAUCAGCAGGUCAUACAUCAAAGCGAAAAAGAAUCCUCUGGCAAGCUAACCUUCUCCGCCCACAACAGCGGUAUACAUACUGUCUGCUUCAACAACGAGAAGUCCAGUAUGACCCCAAAAGUAGUUAUGUUCACAAUCGAUGUGGGUGAGCCAGCACCAAGAUCUCCCGGUGCUCCCGGUGAAGAUGAAGUCGGUCACACCAAAUUAGAGGAUAUGAUUAGGGAGUUGUCUGGAACUUUGACUAGCGUCAAACAUGAACAGGAAUACAUGCACGUGCGCGACAAGAUUCAUCGAUCCGUCAAUGAGAGCACCAACUCCCGUGUGGUUUUGUGGUCAACAUUCGAGGCAUUCGUGCUGGUCGUGAUGACUGUAGGACAAGUGUACUACUUAAAACGCUUCUUCGAAGUGAAGCGUGUUGUGUAAUUGUAGCUUUCAUCCUCUCUCAUAAUUAUUUAGAUUAUUAUUUUUCUUUUUUCAUAAAAAAAAACACAAAGAAACAUCGGAUUGCAAAUUGGUUAAAAUAAAAUUCCAAAUUUAGUGCGAAAUUUAA